GUGCAAAACAAUAUACAAAUCCGGCGAGUAGAUUUCGGAUCCGAACCGAAAACCCGAAAACACUCUGUUCUCAACAGGUUUCGGGUUGUGAUUUGGAUUAGGGUUUGAUUUCAUGUAUGGCUUCAGAUGCCGACAAUUUGAAUCCGCGAGAGAGGUUACGUUGGGGAAGCCCUAGCAAAUUUUAUACCCGGAAGCGCCGUAGGAUCCAGAAGAACGAACCUAAUCCCGGCGCCAGGGAUUCAGUCGCCGCCGUGCCAGAGGUAACUGCCUCAGACGGGGGCAGCGGCAAUAAUGAUAAUAAUGAUGUUUUACGGCCGGAGCAGCGGUUACAGCAUCAGGAGGAGGCAGAGCCUCGAUUGAAGGAAUCUUCGCUUUGUAAUUUGGAAGAUGGGAGGGAUAGUGAGCAAGUUGAAUUGAUAAAUGGUGGAGAAUUUCAAGAAGGUACCCUUGGAUCACCAGGGGGUUUAAAUGGUAGAGAUGGCAUGGGUAAUGAGCAAGUGGAAUUGAUAAAUGGUGGAGAAUUGCAGGAAGGUACCAGUGGAUCACCGGCGAAUUUGAAUGGUAGAGAUGCCACGGCUAAUGGGCAAUUGGAAUUGAUAAAUGGUGGGGAAGUGCAGGAAGGUACAUGUGCACCACCAGUGUGUUUAGAUGGUAAAGAUGUGCCUGAGUGUGGUGGUGGUGGCCUAAUUGUGGAGCCUAACGGUGGGGAAGUCCGGGAUUGCAGCCGUGAAGGAGAGCCCCCGGUGCAUGCUGAGCCAGAGGCUGCAAAUGGGUUGGUUAAGCCAGUAAUUUCUAGGGUUGCAGAUAGAGUUUGGAUUAAUUUAACAGGAGCGAGGUCAAGAGAUGAGAUUAGUGAUCUUAGGAGGGUGCUAGAGGGCGAGCUUGAUCAGAUUAGAAGUUUAGUUACGAAGCUUGAAGCAAAGGAGCUUCAGCUGACCACACAUAAUGCUAGUACUAAUGGUGGUGUUAAUGAUGUGGGUAGGAUUAGAGCUUUUCCUGGUGCUGCUGUUAAUUCUUAUAGUUAUCCACAUUAUAUGGAUAAUGAUGUGAUGAAGGGUAGGUCUUUAGUGCGAGUGAAUUCUGAGGUGGAUUCAGUUGGGCACCCUGAGACGAGACCGUUCCAGCCACCUAGGAUUGCAGUUGUGGAAAACAAUAAUGGGGCUGCUGAAUUUGUGGAGAAGGAAAAGAGGACCCCAAAGGCCAAUCAGUAUUACAGGGAUUCUGAGUUCCUUCUUGGGAAGGAUAGACUGCCUCCGGAAAGCAAUAAAAAAUUGAAGCCCAAUGGUGUUGGGAGGAAGCAUAGAAGUGAAUCAGAGCAUGGGUAUGCAUUUAGCUUUGGCUUUGGCUUUGAUAAGCAUAGAAAUCAGAUGCUUAAGAGAUGUAGCAACCUGCUUCAGAGGUUAAUGAAACACAAGCAUGGUUGGGUGUUUAAUGAGCCAGUGAAUGUGGUGGCGCUUGGGCUGCAUGAUUAUCAUGAUAUCAUCAAGCAUCCGAUGGAUUUGGGCACCAUUAAAACUAGGUUAUCUCAGAAUUGGUACAAGUCUCCCAGGGAGUUUGCUGAGGAUGUGAGACUUGUCUUUCGUAAUGCCAUUACUUACAAUCCUAAAGGACAUGAUGUUCAUGUUAUGGCGGAAGAGUUGUCAGAGAUUUUUGAAGAGAAGUGGACAGUUAUAGAUACUGAGUUUAAUCCGGAUUGGAGGUAUCAAAUGUAUCAUGAUGCAGGUUUGCCUACCCCCACUUCAAGAAAGGCCCCUCAUCCUUCUCCCUUUCCCCGUGCUUCUGUAACUUCUCAUGUCGCUCCACCUGCUCCCCAAGUAAGGACUUUGGAUAGGUCUGAGUCAAUGACGGGGCCAGCUGAUUUCAGGUUGAAGCGGUCACGUGUUGCUCAUGUUGGUAGGAUACCAGUUCCUAAGAAACCUAAAAGGGAUAUGACCUACGACGAAAAGCAGAGACUCAGCACAAAUCUUCAGAAUUUACCUUCAGAGAAGCUUGAUGCUAUUGUUCAGAUUAUUAAGAAGAGGAACUCAUCACUUAGUCAACAUGAUGAUGAGAUUGAAGUAGACAUCGAUAGUGUUGAUGCGGAAACCCUCUGGGAGCUUGAUAGGUUUGUGACCAAUUACAAAAAAAAUUAAACAAGCAGAGGAGAAAAACUGAACUUGCUCUGCAAGCCAGAGAAACUGCAGACUGCUCCAGUCAUGAACUCUGCCCCUAUGGCUGCUGGUGCGCUGAA